AAAAGUUUGUCCAAUUUCCUACCUCUCUUCCACUGUUUCUCACCUCAUUUGGGCAAAGGAGCCCAAGCCCUGGCUGGUCCCACUAGCAUUUUCCACCUACCCAUCUAUGCUUCUGGCUCCAAUCACCACCAUUGAUGGAAAUUUAAAGGGUUCAGAUCUCACGUAAAGCACAGCGCACCAUCCAACCUAUCGCGAAAAUUCAUACCUCCGGCUCCAGCCUCCAAGUCUGCAACAACCCUUCGUCGUUUUCCACUUUCCCACCAACCCCCGAUUUUUCUUCUGUAUUUACGUGCUUUCAUUUUAUGUGACUUUGAAAGACAAGUGUCCAACAAAAGGCCAAGUCCCGUGCUUCUGCUUGAUAAUUCUCUGCAUCUAAAUGGCAAAUUCUCUUCAUUCUUCAACAAGCAUUUCCCAUGUGGGUUUCAGCUCUCAAUUUCUGGGAUCAAAUUUGGGUUCCAAGGCCUCCGUUUCCGUUUCAUUCCCUUCUUCUCAUACCAAUUACUCCCUCAAAUCUGUUGAGAUAUUGAGACAACAGUCAUAUAGAAUAAGUGCAAUGUCGAAGGUAGAGAGUAGCAGCUUUGAGCAAGUGAAAGUUGAUAUCUCUUUGAGCCCCAGAGUUAAUUCUGUGAAGCCUUCAAAGACUGUGGCUAUAACUGAUCAUGCAACUGCUCUUGUACAAGCUGGUAUCCCUGUUAUUCGGUUGGCAGCUGGAGAGCCUGAUUUUGAUACACCAGCUGUUAUAGCAGAGGCCGGGAUAAAUGCAAUUCGUGAAGGUUACACAAGGUACACUCCCAAUGCAGGUACUUUGGAACUUCGCACGGCAAUUUGCCACAAGCUCAAAGAGGAGAAUGGAAUCUCUUAUACACCUGAUCAAAUUUUGGUCAGUAAUGGUGCUAAGCAGAGUAUCAUUCAAGCUGUUCUUGCAGUUUGUUCUCCCGGGGAUGAGGUAAUAAUUCCAGCUCCAUAUUGGGUGAGUUACCCAGAAAUGGCAAGGCUGGCUGAUGCAACACCUGUCAUUCUUCCGACACUUAUUUCUGAAAAUUUUCUAUUGGAUCCAAAGCUCCUAGAGUCUAAAAUCACUGAAAAGUCAAGACUGUUGAUUCUAUGUUCCCCAUCCAACCCAACUGGAUCUGUUUACCCUAAAAAAUUGCUUGAAAGAUUUGCAGAAAUUGUAGCAAAGCAUCCCAGGCUUCUGGUGCUAUCUGAUGAAAUGUACGAACAUAUAAUUUAUGCACCAGCAACUCACACAAGCUUUGCAUCAUUGCCAGGCAUGUGGGAACGGACUCUAACAGUCAAUGGAUUUUCCAAGGCUUUUGCAAUGACUGGUUGGCGGCUUGGAUAUAUUGCCGGACCUAAGCACUUUGUUGCAGCAUGUAAUAAAAUCCAGAGUCAGUACACUUCGGGGGCUAGUAGUAUAUCACAAAAAGCAGGAGUUGCUGCAUUAGGCUUGGGCUAUGCUGGUGGGGAAGCAGUUUCUACCAUGGUGAAAGCAUUCAGGGAACGGCAAGAUUUCUUGGUUAAGAGCUUGGGGGAAUUGGAAGGUGUAAAGAUAUCAGAACCUCAGGGAGCUUUCUAUCUCUUCAUUGAUUUCAGUUCUUACUAUGGAAUAGAAGCUGAAGGUUUUGGUAAAAUUGAAAAUUCAGAGUCACUUUGUAGAUACCUCCUGGACAGGGCUCAGGUUGCACUAGUUCCUGGAGAUGCAUUUGGGGAUGAUACCUGCGUUCGCAUAUCAUAUGCAGCAUCCCUCACCACCUUACAAGCUGCUUUUGAGAGAAUUAAGAAAGCACUUAUCUCCCUGAGGCCUGCUGUUCCUGUUUAACACAGGUUGAUUUGUUCUCUUCUAUAAACUGUCCUGCAUUUUCCUUUUAAAGGCCAAGUCUGCUACAGGUUUGAAAGAGGAAAUAUGACUUUGUUAUGUGUUUGCAGCUCGAAUGAACGUGUCUAAGCUAAAUGAAAAAUAAAUGCUUUUUCAUUUCUAGCCUUUUUUUUGGGGCCAAUUUGAUAUUUCUGAUUGUUUCUAAACUGUUUUCUUGUUUAGUUGGGCUUCUUUGCCCUAUUGCCCAUUUGUCUUUAAAAAACAAAAGCAAAGGAUGGGCCUUUGGCAAUGCAAAUAUGUAAUUGCAUUUAUUUCCAUUUCCAUUCA